CGGCCUCCUAGUUGCACUAUUUUCCUUCCUACUAGCGAUGGCAUGCAUGAAGUGUGCGGGCAUCAAUUUCGUUGCCUUCGUGCUGCAGCUGGCACUGGCCGGACAGGUGGAAGUUUGUCCCGGAGAAGGGCCUAGAUACGGAGACCACAAAUGCAAUCACGAUGGCACCCACAGGGUGUGCGCAAAACUUUUAGAUUCCUCUGGGAAGCCGAUGAUUUGGGGUCAGGGAGACUUCUGGGAGAUCACCAGCCAGAAGCGUUUUCAGUGGGAUAGUACGAUUCGGGCGAAUGGAGGGGAUAGUUGGUGCAUUUGCAUGUGGGCCUUUGCUCGCAUGGUUGAAGCGGUUGGUUGUGACAACGUUCACCUCCGAUGCAACGCAACGGAUUUAGAUUUUGUCUUGGCAAGCUACCAAGACCGGGGCGUCACAGGUCGAGUGCAUGACCUGAGAGAUGCACACAGCUGCAUGAAAAAGAAAUGUCUGGAGAUGCCGGAGGAGCCUGACACUACGGAGAUGUUUGCAAUCAACGGCAUUGUAUUGCUUCAAGGGGGCUGCCUCUGCCGCCAAGCAGCAAGCUUCAAUGCCACAGGCCGAAAAACAUUUCGUUUUUGCUGAGCUUUAGAUGCAAAACAGCUUGCUCACCUACUGGAAUUGUGUGAGUCUGUUGAGGUGAAAGGUUCCAAGCUCGCAGAAUCUCGCAGAACAUAAUGACAUAUUGCUCUUUCCAAGUGUAGUUUAUUGUGAAGCAGAGUAGCUAUCUCCUUACUCUUUCUUGCUCUUUACCAGCGCCGGACCACUGGCGGACCAGUUCCGCCUUGCAAUUUUCUUUUUCGCCUGGGAAGGCAGGCCAAAAUUUUCAUACCGCUCCUGGCCAGUUGGCUGACGGGUGCACCACACCUUUGACCCACGAGCAGCAGGGAAA